GAGCUCCGGGAGCUGGGAUCGAUCGUUGCUGAGAAGUCGCACUGUGGAUAAUAUGAUGCCUGCGACAGACAGCAGCAGGCCCGCUGCCCACGUGUCUCGCGUGCAGGCGAUGGUGACACAGGUGCUGCUGGGCACGAUGGAGCCAGAGGAGCUCUUCUGGGGGAGCCUCUCCUUGUUGGGACUCCAGGGCACACAGGACACGUUUCUGGAUUUGAUCGAACCCUUGGCACAGGAACACGCUGAGGUCCACACACAUCUCACUUCUGUCUUCCUGGAUUACUUCACCAGGGCAAAGGAAGAUGAGGCUCUUGCGCUGGCUCUGGCUCUUUCGCUCCAGGACGCGGGAGCAGGAAAGCAAAUGACAACAGAAGAAUCAUCAGGCAGUCGGUCCCAGGAUGUAAAGUGCACCCGAACGCUUUGGUUGGAAGCCAACGCUUCGGCUGGACCACGCGAUGGCUGGAGCAGCAGCUCAACGCAGUGCAGCGGGGAUCUUGAACAUCAGCACAACCUGCAGCCUCAGAGUAUGACAGGGGCAGGAACUACAGGGAAAAGUAACAGUAUGAGCGAAAGAGCAAACAGCUGUAGUCUACUCCCUUGCACAGACAACAAGAACGUGCCAGAAGAGGUGACCGCCAGCUGCCCCGGGAGGGCCAAGAGCUCAAGAAGGAAGCGGCGGAGUGGCAAACAGCAGCUGGCCAUUUCUCGGUUCCCUUCCUUCCUGAAACCCAUUCUGCUUUGGUUCAGGCGGGAUCUGAGGGUGUCCGACAACCCUGUUCUGAUCGCCUCUCUGGAGAUGGGCGUCCCGAUCAUACCCGUGUUCCUUUGGUGCCCCAAGGAGGAGGAGGGGCCUGGAAUUACCGUGGCAACAGGUGGCGCCAGUAAGUACUGGCUCCACCACGCCCUGUUGUGCCUGAACCAGUCGCUGGAGAAGCUGGGCAGCCACUUGGUCACAGUGGAAGCGGAGACAUCCUCCCUGGAGGCCCUGCAGGGCCUGGCGGCCGAGACUGGGGCCAGCGGCGUGGUGGCCGCCGCCCUGUAUGAGCCCUGGCUCAAAGAGAGGGACGAGGCUGUGUUCUCUGCGCUGGAGAGCAAGGGAGUGAAGUGCCAGCUGCGUCACUCCUACUGCCUGCGGGAGCCCAGCUCCAUCAGCACCGAGGGCGUGGGCCUCAGAGGAAUCGGGUCGGUCUCCCAUUUCUUGAGCUGUUGCCAGCAGAACUCUAAGUCAGCACUGGGAACACCAGUAGAAACUCCGCCUGGCCUUCCAGUGCCAUCGACAUGGCCCCAGGGCUGCCCCCUUGCCCAGCUGGGCCUGGCCAAAAUGCCCCGCAGGAAGGACGGAACUACGGUGGACUGGGCAGCCAACAUUCGUAGCUCUUGGGAUUUCAGCGAAGAAGGAGCCCAAGCACGACUGAGGGCCUUCUUGCUGGAUGGUAUACACAGGUACGAGAAGGAAUCUUGCCGUGCAGAUGCCCCCAACACCAGCUGCCUGUCACCCUACCUGCAUUUCGGUCAGAUCAGCCCCCGCUUGCUCCUCUGGGCCUCCCGCAGCGCCACCUGCAGGCCACCUAAAUUCCGCCGCAAGUUGGCCUGGAGAGACCUGGCCUACUGGCAGCUCUGCCUCUUCCCUGACUUGCCCUGGCAGUCUUUGCGCCCCGCGUACAGGGCGCUGCGGUGGAGCUCAGAUCGCACACACUUGAAGGCCUGGCAGAAGGGCAGGACGGGGUACCCUCUUGUGGAUGCUGCCAUGAGGCAGCUCUGGCUCACGGGCUGGAUGAACAACUACAUGCGGCACGUGGUGGCCUCUUUUCUCAUCGCCUAUCUUCACCUUCCCUGGCAGGAGGGAUAUAGGUGGUUCCAGGACACCCUGGUGGAUGCUGAUGUUGCCAUAGAUGCCAUGAUGUGGCAGAACGGAGGGAUGUGCGGCCUGGACCACUGGAACUUCGUGAUGCACCCUGUGUCGGCAGGGCUGACCUGCGACCCCCGGGGGACCUUUGCGAGGAGGUGGUGCCCAGAGCUGGCCGCUCUGCCGGAUGAGCUCGUUCACCGGCCUUGGAAGAGCCCGGCCUCGAUGCUGCGCAGAGCUGGAGUCACAUUAGGAGUGAACUACCCUGAGCGCAUCAUCACAGACCUGGAGGAGCGGCGAGCGCAGUCCCUGCGGGACGUCGUGCGGGUGCGCAGGAACUUCCCUCAAUACGUGGACCAGCUUUCCGGGUGUGACCUGGUACCCCUUCCCCAGCGGCUGGUGCAGGAGGCCCUCGGCAGCGGAGAGGUGGCCGACAGGGGUGGCCGCUUCCUCCUGCCCCUCAUCACGCGCAUGGAGUUCAAGUACCAGACACAGAACCCCGACUGUAGGGACAACCCGUUCGACGCCGUCCUGAAGGGCUACGUGAGCCGCAAGCGGGAUGAAGCCACUGCCUUCCGGAACGAGCGCGACUUUGCUGCCAGCGUGCUGAGCGAGAGUGUGCAGAGGAGGGAGAGGCAGGAGCGAGAGCAGCGAGCACUGGACGGGAUUCCGCGCCCGGCGACAGGAAGGCCCGGGAGAACCCCCCGAAAAGAUGUCUUUUCCGCACAAGGUGCAGGGUUCACGCUCCUACACAACUGACGUCAUGACACACAUCAGAAGGACCUCUUCUACUAUGUGACAAAGAUUUGCAACUUAUUUUCUCUAAUUAAAACCUCACAUUUGCACCUAUGCUUCCUUGGAUAGGGUGUGGACCAUGUCGACCCUACACUGGACAAGCAGUCAGUGAUAAUUAAUGAACAACAAAAUA